AUGCACAGCGAACUAGAAAUUGUUGCGGUGCUCACAAGUCUACUGAUUUUCUUAUCGGGAACAGGAUCGGCGCAAUUCUUGGGGAACAUCUGUGGAGAAAGAAGGGAUGGCCUGUCGCCAGAUAUAGUUGGUCCCUGGACGGCCAUCCUGCACCAUUUCGGACGCAUCGUUGGCGUGGGAACCCUGAUCCACGAGCGAUUUAUCCUGACAGAUGUACAUUGUGGUGACUCCAUUGGAGUUAUUAGAGCACGGUUGGGAGAGUACGGAAGAAUUGGUUCUGAGCUGGCAGAAGACCACAUAGUCGCUGCAUUCUUCAGUAACGCCAACUUUAAUCCGGAAACGCAGGCGAAUAACAUGGGCCUAAUGAAACUGCUGCGAACCGUAGUAUACAAAGAGCAUAUAAUUCCGGUCUGCAUUCUUAUGGACUCACGGAUGCAGACGUUCGCCGAUGAACUGGACUAUUUCAAUGGAACUACAUGGAAGAACUCGGACAAAUCACCCUAUGCUGAGGUCCAAAACUGUGAUCCGAAUGCCGCAGGCAUGUGGAAAACUGGACCAUGGCCAGUUCUGUGCCGGCCACAAAGAUCUGGACUCCUGUGACGAACCAUCUGGCGCAGCCUUGACCCGUGAAAUUGACUACAUUGGGCCAAACCGGACAGUUCUGUUUGGAAUCGCGAACUCCGUCGAGGUGAAGUGCUCCAACUCGCGAACUUACACCGAUGUGGUGCAAUUGCAUCAAUGGAUCAGUAUGGUAAUCUAUUCCUCCAACACCAAUGAUGGUAUGGACAAACCACACAAUACUACUCAUCUGCCCGAACCUGUUUUUGAAUUAAAGAGCACAAGCUUUUCAACCAAUUCUAGGAUAAAAUAA